AGUGAGUAGUAUUACGUUAUAAACAAAACCUAAAAACCCUAUUCUUUUUUAAGCUCCCAUUUACCCCUUGUAUAUUUAUAAAUUCAACAAAUGCCACAUCCGAAACCUUGAAUUUCUCCAAAUUUCACACUCUGAUCACCAUGUCCUCUGGCGAUCGCCGGGAGACACCUCCGGGGGCCGGAGACGUGAAGAACGGUGUCGCCUCCGAAGAUUCGAGCCAGAGGCAGUCGCAGCUGGUGACGGUGGUCGUAGCGCCGAGCCAAAACCAGAGGCUGCGGCUGAACCCCAGCAAGGACCACAAGCCAGAGAGCUACGAGGAUCUGCAACUAGAUUUCAGUCCUUCAAUUUUUAGCUCUUUGGAGAGGUACUUGCCUCCAACUAUGCUUGCUGUUAACAGAGAUGAAAAAGUGAAGUUCAUGAGAGAGAUUCUGUUGAAGUACUUGCCGCAUGGGGAGAGAACAAGAGCUCUGAGACAUAGAGAAUACAGGCAGAAAAUAAUAUCAAAUUACCAGCCUCUUCAUCGAGAGUUAUACACUAUGCACCCUAGUACAUUCUUUGUCCCUUCAUUUCUCAAAGCAAUCAGUGAUAACACACAGGAAAGUUUUAGAAAAAUAAUUUCAGAACCGUCUCCAAGUGUGUUUACUUUUGAGAUGCUUCAGCCACACUUCUGCGAGUUAUUGUUAGCUGAGGUUGAAAACUUUGAAAAAUGGGUUAACGAAGCAAAAUUUCGAAUCAUGCGGCCGAAUACAAUGAAUAAGUAUGGUGCUGUACUUGAUGAUUUUGGCCUUGAAACCAUGCUUGACAAACUUAUGGAGAGUUUUAUUCGUCCUCUAUCUAAAGUUUUCUUUGCUGAGGUCGGCGGAUCAACUCUGGAUUCGCAUCAUGGUUUUGUUGUUGAGUAUGGUAAAGAUAGGGAUGUUGACUUAGGCUUUCAUGUGGAUGACUCAGAAGUAACCUUGAAUGUAUGCUUGGGUAAGCAAUUUUCUGGUGGAGAAUUGUUUUUCCGGGGAACGCGAUGUGAAAAACAUGUAAAUACAGGAAGUCAAUCAGAGGAGAUCUUUGACUAUGCUCAUGUCGCUGGACGAGCUGUACUUCAUCGUGGUCGUCAUCGCCAUGGUGCUAGAGCCACAACAUCUGGUCAUAGGAUCAAUCUACUUCUAUGGUGCAGAAGUGGUCGGGAAAUGUUGAAUGGGUAUAUAAGUGAAGGUCCAACCAGAGAUACUGCAUUGCUGAGUGUUGCAUCAAAUGCUGCUAGCUUUUUCUACCUGUUACUGAAAGAGAUCUAGCUGAAAGAAUCAUCUUGAUUUGGUUACAAUUUCUCUAUUUCCUUGCAAACUAAGCUUCUGUCUGUAUCAGAUGAGUGUUCAGUUUAGGUUGCAAUUAGAAUAUUUGGGGUUCACCCUUGAGUUAGUAAGACUACAGAACUUAUAAGUGGUGUGAUAAUGCUCAGUGAAAGAUUCUAAAGCUGCUGCUUCAGCUGAUUCAUUUUCUGCUUGUUAUUUCUUAGACAGGACUUAUUUGAAUUUGUAUUUAGAAGUUCCAUUGCCUCUAUUCUCACAAGUUCUUUUUUUUUUUUUUCCUCCCAACAGUUCGAUCUUUAGGGAGAUGAAGAGGUAUCAAAAAGAUUUCUCCACCUGGUGUGGAGAAUGUUCCCGUGAGAA